GACGCGAGACCUGGGCUAGUAGCCGGGGGGGCUGGGGGCGAGGCUGGGGAGGAGAGUCAGCCCCGUCCGCACAACUGGAGGCUCGUCCCGUGUGAGUGGGGGACUGAAAAGCUCGGCGAACCGAGGCUGCGGGCGAAUUCUGGGAUUCUCCAAAGCGGGGAGUGUGUGGAUCAGGACAUUUUAGAAAGAGAGAGACAGAGGUCCCUCCGUGCGACUGGAGAAAAGCAAACGCGACGAAGCAGCUUGUGACACCUUGAAGGCUGACCAAUUUAUUGCGGCGUCUUCAAAGGAUGCCAGCCAAAAUGUUGGAUCUUCGUGAGCUAGUGGACACUGAGGUUGUUUUGGCCUUUGCCAAAUAUGCGGUCCUUGUUGUGGUCAAGAUGAUGCUGAUGAGUCCCAUGACAGGAUUCUUCAGAAUGAAGAGAAAGGCAUUUGUGAACCCUGAAGACACGGCGUCGUUCGGGAAAGGGGAGAAUGCGAAAAAGUACCUGAGGACGGAUCCGGAUGUGGAACGUGUGCGCAGAAUCCAUCUCAAUGACCUUGAGAACAUUAUUCCGUUCCUUUUCAUUGGAUUGUUCUACUCCAUCAGUGGCGUUUCCCUCUCCACAGCCUUGCUGCAUUACAGAAUCUUCCUCGGUUCCAGGAUCGUCCAUACCAUCGCCUAUCUGGUACCCCUUCCACAGCCCUGCAGGGGUUUGGCUUGGGUGAUUGGUUACCUAGUUACCUUUUCAAUGGUUUACAGGCUUGUGAUGGUUAGCCUGAGUAUGUCCUAGAAAAGAAAACCUCCCCAAGCCCCCCGUUAGCCAACAUUAUUUCCAUCCCGCAGUGGUCUUCGAACUUCCUGCUACUCCCAGCACUCUCUUGCAGCUGUGCAUUACAGGAGAAGAUUGGUCAAUGGUGAGCAAACGGUCUUCCAGGGGAAUUUCUCCACCAGUACUGCUCUUCUCAUUGCUAGGCUGUCGUUGGGUUGACAUAGCACAAGCCUUUCAUGCAGGCAGGUUCAAGCCAUGACAUCUUCAGUUAAAAAAGGAUCAGGUGGCAGAUAAAGGGGGAAACUUCUGCCUGAACCCCUGGAGACAAAAAUGGGCUGGAGGAGUCAAUGUUAUGAACCAGUAGAAGGCAGCUUCGGAUUUUCAGUAGCUUCUGAGGAACCCUCGGGUCCUCCAGAACUCACUUUAAAACCAGUGUCAUCCUAUACUCUUCAAAUGCCCUCCUGCACGCCUUGUCCUGGCUGGAUUCACAUGACACGUUUACUCUCAGUGGUUGAAUGUUGGCUGUGGUUGAAUCGUGGGUUACCAUAUUGCCUGAAUGCAGCAUGUUUUCCAUAAGGUGGGUUAUCGUGUUGUCUGAAUGCAGUGCAUUCUCUGCAGGGUAGCUUGUUAACCAUGCAUUGGGACUUGGUAACCAUCCUGAACAACACAACAACAAACUAUGGGUUCUCAAGGUGGCUUGUUGAGAAAAAUAAGCCACAUUGCACGGUUAACAAGCCAUCCUGGGGAAAAUGUCCUUGAUUCAGACAAUAUGCUAACCCAUAGUUCAAUAAACUCAUGAUUCAGCAACAACCCACACUCAACCACUGAGCGUGGGUUAGUGUGUUGUGUGAACCCACUGCCUGUGUUAGGCUUUGGUCAUUAAAGCUUUGCUUCAUUGCCUUUGCUGUUGCUGCUACCAAUACUUAACUAUUAGUUAGCACUUGUAUAGAAAGGCAUAGCCAGCUGCCUGAUACUGAGUCAGCCCACUGAGCUGUCAAGCUCACUGUUGUCUACACCAGCUUUCCCCAACCUGGUGCCCUCCAGAUAUGUUGGGCUACAACUCCCAGCAUCCCCAGCCAACACAUUUGGAGGGCACCAGGACGCGGAAGAUUGUUUUAUACCAGGGAUAGUCAGCUUGUGGAUCUCCAGACGUUUUGCCCUACAACUCCCAUCAGCCCUAGCAUAACCAAUGGUGAGGGAUUAUGGGAGUUGUAGGCCAAAGCCAUAGAUCCCCCACCUUUUGUCUUACUAACUGACAGAGGCUCCCCGGGGUUCCACGCAAGAGUCUUCCUUAACAGGAGAUGCCAGCUGCUGAACCUGGGGUAUUUUGCAUGCAAGGCAUGUGCUCCACCGCUGAGCUUCGUCCCGUCCCCAACAGAGCCUUUGUUCGGAGGAAUCCAGUCUUUGCUUACCAUUGCUUCCCCAUCUUCUAAAUGACUGCUGCUUUGGCUAACCUAUUUUGUAUUUGUGUGUGUGCUUUUUUCCACUUUUAAUAGUUAGGGCUUGUUAGCCAUGAUUUCUAGAUGAGACCUAAAUGUGCAGAAGCAAGGCAGUGUACCUUGGAAUGCCAGAUCCUGGGGAGUAACAAGAAGAGAGGGCCUGCCCCUUUGACCUGCUGUUGACCUUCUAGGCAUAUCUGGUGGACAGCGGUUGGAACAAAAUCAAGGACGAGAUGGAGUUUUUGGUGUGAUCCAUCAACGCAGUUCUUAAGUUUGCUCACACAACUGACUUUCCCUAGUGGUAGCCAUGCUUUUGUUGUUGUUGUUUCCACACAAUGGGGAAGAAAUGGCCACCAACAGAAGUUGGCAGCUGCAGGACCAAUGUAAACCCCACUCACCCCGAACACUAAGUUGUCCUGGGCAGCCCACCAUCCUAGAAGGGAGCUCCACCCCCAGUCCUGGAGCCAGCCCUUCAGCAAAUAAUGGUAGGAUACUCAUUUUCUUAGGCCUUAGCUAGACCAGCGUUUAUCCCGGGCUGAACCCCAGCAUCGUCCCUGUGCGUCCAGAUGACGCACAGGGGAUCCCGGGAUCAGGCAGGGGUUAACCCUCCUUGGCCCUGGGAUACAGCCCCACACUUUGGGCCCGCUUUUUCCGCAGUCCUGGGCUGAGCCCGGGACCGUUGAAGGUGUUGCCCGUUGCCGCGGCUUGAGCCGGCUCCGCGCGAAUUGGGGUUAGAGUGGGGGGAGUGGGGAAAGUAUUUUUUAAAAAAAACCAAACCCUUACCUUUCCGCUGGAGCGCUUGUACGCAGCCGGCCUUUAAAAAAAAAAUUAAAAUGUUGGGCGUGAUGCCUCUCUUCUUGAGGUCUUCGCGCCUUGCAUGUAAACAAGGGCUAGAUCUCGCGUUAUUCACAAAGCGAGGUCUCCCCUCCUCUCCCCCGCAACAAAAGGUAGGUCUAGCUAAGGCCUUAGAUGUAGAUUAUUUUCUAAUCUGAGAAAGUGUGCUUCUUCUGCCAUAAAUGCAUGAAUGCGAGGGGUGGUGUGCAGGCCGGGCGAAACAACAAGCGAGAAACCUGAGAUAGUUUGUUUGUAGAUCUUGGGGAGUCAACUUUGUACCUGAUGCACGCAAACCGUGCCCUUGAUUCCGGGUCUAUAGCCGUGUCUCCAUCUCACGCCUUUACCGCUACCCUCUAGCAAAGCUCAAAACUCAAUUUUUUUGAGCUCUGACUUGGUAUAGAUCCACACCUCGAGGCUAUUGCAAAAGGCCAUCCUGGAGGUUAUAGACCAGUAAGAAGAAUUUGCCCAUUCAAUAUGGGCUUUGAGGGGUCUGUUCCAACAUUCCAAAUGUUUAGGUUGAAUUUAGGUUGAUUCUCUUGUUCUAUUUUGUGGUUGCUAGUUCUUUUAAAAUUCUUGUUAAAGGGGGAGAGACACAUUCUCCUUUCUCUUUCACAUAUUGCCUCACCUCAAAAUGAUUGGAAUGACUUGUACAAGCCUUAAGAUUUUUAAUGUGUAACAACUCUCUAUUGAUGGCAUGUACGUAUGGUAAUUUUCUACAGAUGCUAUUUUGGGAUGUUUCUUUUUGAAGCAUAAAUAAUAAAGACAACAGCAAAAAGGAAAAA